AUGGACGAGCUCCCAGGACCCGACACAUUACGAAUCUUGAUUACCUCAGAUAAUCAUGUAGGGUAUAAUGAAAAUGAUCCUAUUACAGGAAAUGACUCCUGGAAAACAUUUCGCGAGGUAAUGAUGAUCGCCAAAGAAAAGAAUGUAGACAUGGUCUUGCAGGGCGGCGAUUUAUUUCAUGUCAACAAACCUUCUAAAAAGUCAAUGUUCCAAGUAAUGAGCACACUGAGAUCUACAUGCAUGGGGGACAAACCCUGUGAGCUUGAGCUUUUGAGCGAUCCGUCUAUGGUGUUUCAAUAUGGUGAAUUCACUAAUAUCAAUUAUGAGGAUCCAAACUUCAACAUAUCGAUUCCCGUUUUCUGUAUCUCUGGCAAUCAUGACGAUUCUUCUGGCGAUGCCCUUUUGAGCCCUAUGGAUAUUUUACAGGUUAGUGGAUUGGUCAACCAUUUAGGAAAAGUGAUGGAGAGUGACAAUAUCGAAGUAACCCCACUCCUUUUUCAAAAAGGUAACACCAAAUUAGCACUAUAUGGUUUAGCUUCUGUUAGAGAUGAAAGACUAUUUAGAACAUUCAAGGAGGGGAAUGUCAAGUUUAAUGUACCAGCUAUGCGUGAAGGAGAAUGGUUCAACUUGAUGUGCGUUCAUCAAAACCACACCGGCCACACAAAUACUGCCUUUUUACCAGAACAGUUUUUGCCUGAUUUCUUAGACUUGAUAGUGUGGGGUCAUGAACAUGAAUGCAUUCCACAUUUAGUUCACAACCCGACGAAGGGAUUUGAUGUAUUGCAGCCCGGUUCUACUGUUGCUACAUCUUUAUGCGAGGCAGAAUCGAAACCCAAACAAACUUUCAUAUUAGAUUAUGAGCAUGGAAAGCCUCCACGUUUUUAUCCUAUUCCUUUAAAAACCGUGAGACCAUUCAUUAUGGAAGAUAUUUCUCUCCAAGAAGUGGUUGAAUUGAAGCCACAUGACAAAGAGGCUACUACAAGAUACCUAAUAGAAAAGGUAGAGGAAAUGAUCGCUAGCUGUUCGAAUUCAACCGGAAUCCAUGAACAACAACCUGAACAUGAAGAAGAAUCAACAUCUAGAAUGUUACCUUUAAUUCGGCUGAGAGUAGAUUACAGUGGAAAGGGAAACAGCAGCAUGGACUAUCAAGUGGAGAAUCCAAGAAGGUUCAGUAACAGAUUUGUUGGACGAAUCGCCAAUACAAAUAAUGUGGUACAGUACUAUAAGAAGAAAAAACAGUCAACGUCUAAAAAAGAAAAGAAAACAGCUGAUAUGGAGUCAGCUAUGAACGAUAAAGAUGGUGAUCUUGAGGUGCAAACCCUUGUAAAUGACAUGUUGCAGUCAAUGAAUCUUUCGCUGUUGCCUGAAGUUGGGAUGAAUGAAGCUGUAAGCAAGUUUGUUGAUAAGGACGAAAAAAGUGCUUUGAAAGAAUUCAUAGAUAACGAGAUCAAGAAUGAAGUUAGUAUUUUGGCUUCAAACGCAGAUUUAGUGCAGGAUGGAGAUGUCAAUGACAUUAAGAAACUUGUGAAGGAGGUUAGAAUUGCAAACUCACAAAGAAGAACUGACCGAAUCAAUCAACAAGAAGCCGCUGCUGCUUUAGACGUAAUGAUGACUGUCGACAGAGAUAUUGAAGAAGGUGAAAAUAAUCUGAACAGUUUACCAGAGCGAACGACAAGAGGUUCAGUGCCCAAAAGAACGUCUCGGAAACGCUCGUCGAACAAGAAACCAGUAAGCCCCGAAAUAAUAGAAUCUGAAGACGAGGAAUUUGUCCCAUCUCCCAUCUCAGUUGAUGAUGAUGAUGUAGAAAUUAAUGACAAGCCAGAGCAAACCAAAGCCGAAAGAAACCAACAUGGAAUUGACGAUGGAAAAAUUGAAGUUCAGUCAACAGGCAGGAGGAAAACAAAAGCAACAAAGGCAGUAAGAAAAACCAGCACGAAGACACCUAAAACGGAUAUUUUGAAUAGCUUGCUAGCUAAGAAACGUCGUUAA